AGAAUUAUAUAGUCUCAAUUCAUCAUGUAUGAGAUUAGUAAUGAAGAAUUAUAAUGAUGUUACUGAUAUUAGUGAUGUUGGAUGUACUUUAGACAAGAUAUUCAGAAAAUCAACAUACAAAGACAGACAAUUAGUGUAUGUAUCAUCAGAUCCUAAAGAUUAUCAAAAAGAAUUGAGAAAUAGUUUGAUGUACAGAUAUGUUAAUUUUUAUGUCAACUCAAUACUACUGAAGAUUACAAUACCCCCUGGACCUGAAGCCACACCAACUACAACUAGUAUAACUGAAGGAGGAAUAAUAAUGAAAAUUAUAUCAAAGGAAAAUAAAGGAAGGAAAAGAAAGAUGCAGGUACAAGUUGAUAAGAGAAUAACAUUAGCUCAAUUGAAGGAGGAGCUAGUUUCACUGAUUGGUGUACCACCUACUGGUUUUAGAGUGUACAGAAUCAGAUAUAAUAAAGAAUAUGAAAUGGAGGAACUGGAUAAGAAAUUAAAUUGAUAGUAAGACUGGGUAGAGCAUUAAGAAGAGGA